CUCCCCCAGUGACGUCACUUUUAUCGCGUCUUGGUUCCCACAGGGAAAACAGCGAAACAGACUCAAUAAAUCCCCUUCCUUUGUGGGGCAGAUACAGUCGGGCAGGGGCAGUACGAGCUCUGUAUCUAUUUUUCAUCAGCAGUGAAGUUCCUGAAGAUUGGCCCCUCCCACAAGGAGCCAAUGGGAAUGUGGGAGGAAGCGAGUGACCCAGUGAUGGGGAAGAAGGAUAAAAAUGAGGAGCGGAAGGAGAGAAUCCUGAAUCUCACACUGGAGAUUAUCUAUCUGCUGACUGGAGAGGGCUACGUCAUCCCUAAGAAGAAGAGCCCAACUGUGGGUUUGGGGGCCCUGCAUGCCCCUGGCUCCGUCAUACAGAAGGAAAAUGACAAGAAGAUCCUGGAACUCAUCUCCAACAUCAUCCAGCUGCUGACUGGAGAGGUUGCCAUAAGGUGUGAGGAUGUUUCCAUCUAUUUUUCCUUGGAGGAGUGGGAGUAUAUAAAAGGAAACAAGGCCCUUUACAGGGAAGGGAUAAAGGAGGAGGAGGAGGAGCCCCAGCAGCUCCGCCCACUGGAUUGUGACUAUGAAGACAAGACCGAUGUUAAUGCUAAUCAGCCAUCAACACUAUGUAAUAAUAAUAAUGAGCCAGACAUUGCCGUUGCCAAAGAAUCCAUUUUGUUUCAGCACAGAAGUCUCGGAACAAAGGGACCUUGUCCAACCAAACAGCAAAUGGCAGAAGAGGAGUCUGACUUGUGUAAAGAGGGAAACCAAUCAGAUUGCAGCAUUAAUCCCCUUACAGAACAGAUACAGGGAACAGACACGCCUACUCCUAUCAUGGGGUGCAGCCUGAAUAACAGCUCGGCAGAGGAUUAUAUAUCAGAUGUUAUAAAAGAGGAGGUGGCUUCAUGGGAAGGGGAAACCCAAUCAGAUUGCAGCAUUAAUCCCCUUACAAAACAGAUACAGGGAACAGACACACCAACUCCUAUCAUGGGGUACAGCCUGAAUAACAGCUCAGCAGACGAUUAUAUAUCAGAUGUUAUAAAAGAGGAGGUGGCUUCAUGGGAAGGGGGAAACCAAUCAGAUUGCAGCAUUAAUCCCCUUACAGAACAGAUACAGGGAACAGACACGCCUACUCCUAUCAUGGGGUGCAGCCUGAAUAACAGCUCGGCAGAGGAUUAUAUAUCGGGAAAUUCAGCUCCAUGUGAAGGGGGAAACCAAUCAGAUUACAGAUUGAAUCCAUUCACAGAACAGAUACAGGGAACUGACACAUCCAGCCCUUUGCUGAGAUGGAGCCUGAGUAGCAGCUUCCCAGCACUGUGUGUAUCAGGUGACAUCAAAGAGGAAGGGGAAAACCAUUCUGACUUGAGCUUUAAUUCACUGGCAGAACAGACUGAUGGAAGCAAUGGAACUAUGGGUAUGAUGGAGUACCGCCUACAUAACAGCUUGUUGGGAAUGGGGCUCAGCAGAUUCGGUAGGUUUGGUAAGAAAUCCACACAACCCCCUUUCUCUCCAAUUCAGCCCUCCCAAGCCUAUUUCUGCUGCUCUGUGUGCCACAAGGGUUUCAGUCGGAAGGAAAGCCUGGUCGCGCACGAGAGGAUUCACACCGGAGAGAAGCCGUAUCCUUGCUCCACGUGCGGGAAGCGUUUCACCAGUCGCUCCAGCCUGGGCGAACACUACAGGAGCCACAGCGGCAAUAGGCCAUACUCCUGCUCUGACUGCGGCAAAUCUUUCACUUACCGCUCGAAGCUCGUCAGGCAUCAGAGAAUUCACACCAAAGAGAAACCGUUUUCCUGUAACGAAUGUGGGAAAUCCUUCUCGCAGCGCUCGGGCUUUGUGAAGCAUUACCAGACCCACGCGGGUAUAAAGCCGUACUCCUGCCGCGAGUGUGGGAAGUCCUUCAUGCAAAGCUCCUCCUUUACUAAACACUGCCAGAGUCACAUGGGUGUAAAGCCGUAUUCCUGCCCUGAGUGCGGCAAGUGUUUUGCGCAGUAUACGAGAUAUGUCCUGCACCAAAGGAUUCACACGGGGGAGAAACCAUUCACCUGCUCUGAAUGCGGGAAGUGUUUUAUAAACCGCGCCUACCUCCUCCGCCAUCGCAAAAUCCACACGGGAGUGAGACCGUUUUCUUGUCCCGAAUGCGCCAAGUGUUUCAUAAACAACUCCCAGCUCAACAGACAUCUCCUCAUUCACUCGGAGGAGAGGCCGUUCUCCUGCCCCGAGUGCGGGAAACUGUUUAAACGGCGCACACAUCUGGACGUGCAUCUGUCGGUGCACAAGGCGGAGAAACCCUUCGCUUGCACUGAGUGCGGGAAAUCCUUCUCGCAGCGCUCGGGCUUUGUGAAGCAUUACCAGACCCACGUGGGUAUAAAGCCGUACUCCUGUCGUGAGUGUGGCAAGUCCUUCACGCAAAGCUCCUCCUUUACUAAACACUGCCAGAGUCACGUGGGCGCAAAGCCGUAUUCCUGCCCUGAGUGCGGCAAGUGUUUUGCGCAGUAUACGAGAUAUGUCCUGCACCAAAGGAUUCACACGGGGGAGAAACCAUUCACCUGCUCUGAAUGCGGGAAGUGUUUUAUAAACCGCACCUACCUCCUCCGCCAUCGCAAAAUCCACACGGGAGUGAGACCGUUUUCUUGUCCUGAAUGCGCCAAGUGUUUCAUAGACAAUUCCCAGCUCAACAGACAUCUCCUCAUUCACUCGGAGGAGAGGCCGUUCUCCUGCCCCGAGUGCGGGAAACUGUUUAAACGGCGCACACAUCUGGACGUGCAUCUGACGGUGCACAAGGCAGAGAAACCCUUCGCUUGCACUGAGUGUGGGAAGUUCUUUACCAGGCGCGCAACCCUUAUCGCCCAUCAGAGAACUCACUCGGAGGCGGGAAAGCAUAUUCUUAAAUAAAUGAGCGAAACGAUUUUCCCUUUAUGUUA